AUGGCAACCAACGAAAACGGGUCAGCAGACGGUAUAGUUACAUGCCCUACAUGCGAAUACUCGGUUGUGCAGGCGUCUGGCAAGAAAAGAACUAUUUGCCCUAGGUGUGGUAAUUUCUACAGCAAGGAGGCGGCAGAGAUUUCAAGAAACAGUCACAGAAAUAAUCACAGGCAGUCCCGUGGACAGCAUCGCGAAAAGCAGUCUAAACGAAAAUCAGUUUCUUCAAAUGAAACAGAAGAACCAAAUACCAGUGGUCGAUUACAAACAAUAAGCAACUUUUUCCAAAGUCUGACUCCUGGAAGCCGAAGGACAGUGAAAGAUUCACACAGUGGUACAUCUUCUCCAUCAGACACUGUGAGAGACACCCUUCCCCCAAUAGAAGGUGCCAGCCGGUCACAUCUAACCACCCCAAAUCAAAAUACAAUACCAGUCUACGGACACAGCCAGAGACAGGGAGAUGGAAGAAACACACGUACUCCGUCAUCUCAUCUGCAUGGGCCAUCCUCAUCAUGUGGCCCAGACUGCAUUCAGCAAAAGUGGCAUCACAGAGGUCAUAGAUCAGAUGCAAAUGAAGACAGUCAAGGUCACAUUUACUCUCAUCAUCAUCAUUACAAUGAUGAAGUCCAGCUUCAUUCUCCAAGAUUACGGAGUCCAAACGUGGACACCAAUAUCUUGAACAAAUUAAAUGAUGUUACAGGAGGCAAAGAGAACAAAGGAAUGGUAAUGAAGACAGCAGAGGAACUGAAGGCUGAGUUUUUGCAAGCUAAGGAAUCUGGAAACUGGCGAUCGCUACUUGAAUUUUAUUCUGCAACCUUUGAUUCUUUUGUGGAGCUUAAUGAAUCUUUUAAGAUAGAGCCCCUAAAGGACUACAAUACAACAGAAGAUCCUGGGUUGAAAUUUGAUUUCAUUAACCUGGUGUAUGACAUUUUGAUCAAAACGCCACAAGGUCUCCAGAAAGAAGUUCUGAAAGCUAUAAUAAAUUCCCUACUGAAGGAUAAAAGGAGCCAUGAUGGCAAAGCACGGCCUCACAGCAAAGAUGAUCUUCGAGCUUUCAUUAUACUUGUUCAGAAUCCACAGUUUGGCAGCCGAUCAUCAUAUGUUAUAUUUGCCCACCUUCUAAGGCAGGUAGCUGCACUGUCUGAUCAUGAACAUCACUAUCUGGUGCACUGGCUAAAGAGAUUAAAAAGUGAUAGAUUUCGAAGUUCAGUUGAGAGAAUCAAUAACUUCAUCUCAGUUCGUUUGUUCCCACCAAAAUCUGAAGACUUGCCUCCUUUGUCAAAAUGUUCUUGGUGGAUUCCCAGUGCAACGAAAGUCUUGGCUUUGUUUAAUGCAGCAAACAGUCUGCAUACACCUCCUUUGGUGCAAUAUACAGAGUUUUACAACAUUACUCUAGAUCAUCUAGAUUUGAUGGCAGAAUACUAUGCUUGGCAAAAUCCCAACUCAAAGACUGGGUUCUCAUUUUGUCAGUACCCAUUUAUACUGAGCCUAACAGCAAAAAGAACAAUUCUUCAAAAAGAUUCUGAGCAGCAGAUGAUUAUAAUGGCUAGGAAAAGUCUUGUUGCAAAGGUACAGCGCCGUCAGCUCCCGGAUAUAGGAAUGCUGUUUCUCAAUUUGACAGUGCGAAGAUCUCAUCUUGUCUCAGACUCAUUAAAUGAGAUUGCAAAGAAGCAGCACGAUUUAAAGAAGAAGUUGAAAGUUUCAUUCACUGGAGAACCUGGCCUGGAUAUGGGUGGUCUUACCAAGGAGUGGUUCUUAUUGCUGGUCAGACAGAUCUUUCAACCUAACUAUGGUAUGUUCAUAUAUGAUAAACAAGCUGGUGUCCAUUGGUUUUGUCCAAGACCAUGUGAUAACUAUCAAGAAUUUAAUCUUGUUGGAGUUCUUAUGGGUCUAGCUGUGUACAACUCCAUUAACCUUGACAUUCGGUUUCCACCAGUGUGUUAUCGGAAACUGCUGUCUCCGGCUGUUGUUCCCUUUAACAAUCCUCGGGCCACUGUGGGAGUCUGCAAUAUGUCGCUGUAUGAUAUGAAAGGUGUACAGCCUGACGUUGCUAAGGGACUCCAAGAUUUGCUUGAUUAUGAUGGUGAUGUAGAAAGUGUGUUUGCACUAACAUUUGAGGUUGUGCAACCUGUGAUUGGAGGAACAAAAACUGUGCCUUUAAAACCAGAUGGUGAAAAUAUUCCUGUUACUAAUGACAACAGGAUAGAAUAUGUCCAGUUGUACAUCGAAUGGGUGCUCAACAAUUCCAUCUAUGCCCAGUUUCAAGCUUUCUACCAUGGUUUUCACAGUGUCUGUGCAUCAAAUGCUCUGAUUAUGUUGCGACCUGAAGAGGUUGAGAAUCUGGUAUGUGGCAGCCCUACCCUGGUCAUGGAAGACUUAAAGAAGGUUACCAACUAUGAUGGGUUUACUGCUAGUGAUACAGUUAUUAAGAACUUCUGGGAAGUUGUGCUGCAUCUUCCCAUAGAAACACAGAAACGACUUUUGCUAUUUACAACAGGCAGUGAUCGCAUACCUAUUGGGGGCAUCAGCGAAAUGACUUUCAAGAUUUCUCGUAUUGAUGAUGUCAAUCUGUUGCCCAUGUCUCAUACAUGCUUCAACCAGCUUGUCCUGCCAGCAUACAGCAGUAAGAAGAUUCUGAAACAGAAGCUGAUAACAGCAAUUAGCAAUGCAGAAGGAUUUGGUUUAGAAUAA